CCCACUGACUGGCUCACGGCCCCAGCAGUCUCGCCCUCCUCCCCCUCGCGCACGGAUCCGCCGCCCAGCUCGUGCAGCCCCUACCCCGUAGGCGAGCGCGCAUCUUCGGAGGCCGGCGAACCCUAGCACCCCACGCCCACGCCAACGCCCUGCCGGCGGUCCCUUCCCCGACCGCACGCAUCAGCCGCGCGGAUCCGAUUCGAAGAAAUCCGGUGGAAUCGGGCGAGGCGUCGGCCGCAAUCCAGUGAGUCUGAUCGGGGCUCGUGUGGCCGCAAUUCAGAAGACCAUACUAUAAUAUGGAUCUCAAGGAUAGCCUCUCCAAAUUUAAGCAACAGCAGGAGAGGUGCCAGUCAUCUUUGGCUAGCAUAGCUGCAAAUCAAGCUUCGAAUUCGAAGCCAAAGCACAGGGCCCAACCGAUAAAUGCUCCAUCUGCUCCAGCAAGACCAUCACAACCUAUUAAAUUUUCCAAUGAUACAGAAAGGCUGCAGCACAUUAAUUCGAUUAGGAAAUCUCCUGUUGGAGCACAGAUGAAACUUGUCAUCGAUCUGCUUUACAAGACAAGACAAGCUUUUACUGCAGAGCAAAUAAAUGAAGCAACUUAUGUUGAUAUUCGUGGUAACAAGGCUGUCUUUGACAGCUUGAGGAACAACCUCAAAGUAAAUUAUGAUGGGAGGCAUUUCUCUUACAAGUCCAAGCAUGAUCUUAAGGGAAAAGAUCAACUACUUGUUUUGAUAAGAAAGUUCGCAGAGGGUCUUGCUGUUGUGGAAGUCAAGGAUGCAUACCCAACUGUAAUGGAAGAUCUGCAGGCUCUGAAGGCAGCAGGUGAAGUUUGGCUGUUAUCGAACAUGGACUCUCAGGAAGACAUUGUGUACCCUAAUGAUCCUAAAGCGAAGAUCAAGGUUGAUGACGACCUGAAGCAGCUCUUCCGGGAGAUUGAGUUGCCACGCGACAUGGUGGACAUAGAAAAGGAGCUCCAGAAGAAUGGCAUCAAGCCCAUGACCAACACUGCCAAACGCCGAGCAGCCGCUCAGAUUGACGGGGUGAAACCCAAACCUAAACCCAAGAAGAAACAGCGUGAGAUCACGAAACGGACCAAGCUCACGAAUGCCCAUCUGCCUGAGCUUUUCCAGAACCUCAACACUUAAUGUGUUAUAAUUGUCGCCAAAUCAAGAGUGAUUCAUUCUACUCCCAAUUAUCGCAAUGAUAUGUAUUUUUGAAAGCCCUUCUAUAUACUGUAUAUGGCGCUGUAAGCUCCACAAGUUUGGUCAGGCGACGAGACUGGUAAUUAUAUCUUCUCAUACAUAAAACAGCUACCGAUGCCCUACUUGAUACAA